AUGUCUAUCAACUGGGUGAUGCUCCAAGACCACGAAGGCUUCGUGCGUCUGCCCAACGAACGCCUGAUCUACUCCUCGCCCCCGCGCACCAGCCUGACUCUAUCCCCGCCCAGCGCCUACAAAGGCAAAGAAACCCUCUCCGUCCAAAGCAGCGCUGGCUGUAUUCACCUCACCAACCAAAGAGUCGUCUACCUCCCCGCCCAACAAACCGCAGACUUCCAGUCCUUCUCUUCCCCUCUCCUCAAUGUCCACGACUCGCACGUCUCCGCGCCCUUCUUCGGUCCCAACGUAUGGACAGCCCUGGUGCAGCCCGUAUCGGGCGGAGGCAUCUCACCGAACCUGCCAGCCGUGCAGCUGAAAGUCACCUUCAAAGAAGGGGGGGCCUUUGACUUCCAUACAAACUUUGAGCGCAUCAAGGAGCGUCUUGCGCAGGCCGUUGAGAACACCGAUAGCGGGACCCGCGGUCUCCGCGGCGUGGAUUUGACGGCUAUUCACUUGGACGAGCUGCCGGCAUACGAUGCUCCGCAACAUACCAGGAACCACUACUCGGGCCCGAGUGAACGGCCGCCUCCGCCGGCAGAAUCGCAGAGUGCUGGACGCAGACCGUCGGAAGUGUCGCCUGAACCCUCCGAGCCCCCGCCAUGCUAUGAGGAAGUGCAGUCGCAGAGCGUAGCUCAUGAGUUGGAGGAGCGGCUGCGACGCAGUGGUUGA